AUGGAUAAUACCAACUAUCAAACCAGUAUUCCUGUAACAAGGAGUUUAUCGGAUUGCGGUUCGUUAGCGACAAAUGUAAGUGAAGAAGAUAAUAUGGUAGUAAAGAAAGGUCCAUGGAUAGAAGAGGAGGAUGCUGUUCUGAUGAACUACGUGGCUGUCCAUGGCGAAGGUCACUGGAACUCCGUCGCUCGCUGUUCAGGUUUAAAGAGGACAGGAAAAAGCUGCAGAUUGAGAUGGUUGAACUACUUGCGUCCGAAUGUUCGACGUGGGAAUAUCACUCUCCAUGAACAGCUCUUGAUUCUUGAUCUCCAUUCUCGUUGGGGCAACCGGUGGUCUAAAAUAGCAGAACAAUUGCCGGGAAGAACGGACAAUGAGAUAAAGAACUAUUGGAGGACAAGAGUGGUGAAGCAAGCAAGGCAACUCAAAUGUGAUGUAAACAGCAAACUCUUUAGGGACACAUUGCGUUUCGAAUGGAUUCCACGUCUCGUCGAGAGGAUCCAGUCUACUCGUACAACUGCAGAUACUAAUUUAUGUGAUCAACGACAAGCAACCAAUUGUAACAAUGCUAAAGCGCACAGUGAAACUUGUGGGACAAAAGCAAAUCUUCCUCCCAUGUUGAUGUCUGAGGUUUCAUCGUACUCCUCAGGGGUUGAUGUUUUUGCAGAAUCAAACCUUUCUUACAAUGUAAUGGAAAGUACAUGGCAGGAGUGGAAUUGUUUGGACACAAAUAUUCAAGAAUUUGAACCGGACAAUGAUUUUGGUGGUUCGGAAUUGUGGACAGAAGAAAAUAUAUGGUUCUUGCAGCAACAACUUGCAGAUGAUUUAUGA